AGGAUUACAUUAUAAAACUAAGAGCCGGGCCAAACACGCUGUGUCUAUAAAUCAAAUAGAUAUUGAGAUUGAGAAACCUCGUCCUCAGUGGGUACACAAGCACACAAUAUUCCACCACAACAAACUCCAUAAAAAUGUCCUCGGGAGACGUGAAUCCAGUGAAGAUAGACAAGUAUAGAUCUUUUCUGCACGAGGAUGCAAAGAACGAUAAUAUAGUUUGGCGGCAUGGUGCUCCACCUGAGUAUGAUGCCGUCAACAAACUCUUUGAAGAAGGCAGAAAAAAGGAAUGGCCAAAAGGUUCAUUAGAAGAGACAGUUCAAAAUGCAAUCAAGUCAUGGGAGAUGGAGCUCUCUCAUAAACCUCGUUUGCAGGAUUUCCGCACCAUCAAUCCUGAUAAGUUUAAGCUCUUUGUCAAUGGUAGGGAAGGUUUAUCAGGAGAAGAAGCUCUUAAGGUUGGGAGUUAUAAUGCAUUGCUAAAGACUUCCCUACCUGAGAACUUCCAAUACUACAAAGCUGAUGAAGAGAGUUUUGAGUCAUCUCAUGAAGUUUUUCGAUCGGCUUUCCCUCGUGGAUUUGCAUGGGAAGUGAUAUGUGUUUAUUGUGGACCACCAAAUAUUGCUUUCAAGUUUAGGCAUUGGGGUUUCUUUGAAGGCCCUUUUAAAGGUCAUACUCCUACAACUGAGAUGGUUGAGUUUUAUGGUCUUGGCACUCUCAAAGUAGAUGAAUCUCUACGCGUGGAGGAUGUGGAAAUCUAUUAUGACCCAGGAGAAUUAUUUGGAGGGCUUUUGAAAGGACAAGCAGCAAUUGGUCUUGAUCACAGAAAUGUUGAUGACUCAAUUUCUUAUGGCUCUGGUUGUCCUUUGGGACAUUAAUUCUGCAUUUCUGCUACUAUUUUCUUCAUAAUAAGGCUUGCUUUGUGUCUCAAGAUUAGGUUUUUUUAGUAAUACUCAAAAGUAUGUUAUACACCUUUUGUUUUGCCUAGUGAUGUUUAUGUUUUGCUAUUUCUUCAAAGUCUAUCUGGUAACUUGUGUAUUUUCAUCUUUUUAUUUGGAACAUCAGAAAGUAUUACUGUUUGUCUUA